AUGGCUUCCUCUACCACCACCCCACUCCUCCCUCACCACCACCUUCAGAACCCGCAACAACUCGCCGGAUCUCCGGCAGCUCAUCGUCUAUCCCGACCCACACUCCUUUCUGGGAUCCUUGUUUCGGUCCUAGUCAUCUGUGCUCUCGUUGCUGUAAUCCACAACCAAUCACAGCAACCCUACCAUGACGGCGGAGCUAAACCCUCCUCCUCCGCCGCUACCACCACCUUCCCAACAGCGUCGCCAGAAGCUGGUUUGAAACGGUUUCCCAUUGAGUUGAAAACGAAUGCUGAGGUUGAGUGGCAACGCUCGGCUUACCAUUUUCAGCCCGAUAAGAACUACAUUAGCGAUCCUGAUGGCCCAAUGUAUCACAUGGGGUGGUAUCAUCUCUUCUAUCAGUACAAUCCAGAGUCUGCCAUCUGGGGGAACAUCACAUGGGGCCACUCCGUAUCCAAAGACAUGAUCAACUGGUUCCAUCUCCCCUUCGCCAUGGUCCCUGACCAAUGGUACGAUAUCCAAGGUGUCAUGACCGGCUCCGCCACCGUCCUCCCUGACGGUCAGAUCAUCAUGCUCUACACCGGCAACGCGUACGAUCUCUCGCAACUGCAAUGCUUAGCGUUUGCCGUCAACUCGUCUGAUCCCCUCCUCCUCGAAUGGAAAAAGUACGAGGGAAAUCCCAUCUUGUUCCCACCUCCUGGGGUGGGAUACAAGGAUUUUCGGGACCCAUCUACAUUGUGGUUGGGUCCCGAUGGUGAAUACAGAAUGGUAAUGGGGUCCAAGCAUAACGAGACCAUCGGUUGUGCCUUGAUUUACCAUACCACUAAUUUUACGCAUUUCGAGCUCAAGGAAGAGGUGCUUCACGCCGUUCCCCACACGGGUAUGUGGGAAUGUGUGGAUCUUUAUCCGGUAUCCACCACGCACACAAACGGGUUGGACAUGGUGGAUAACGGGCCGAAUGUGAAGCAUGUGUUGAAACAAAGUGGGGAUGAAGAUCGACAUGAUUGGUAUGCGCUCGGGACUUAUGACGUCGUGAAUGAUAAGUGGUAUCCAGAUGACCCUGAAAACGAUGUGGGUAUCGGGUUAAGAUACGAUUUCGGAAAGUUUUAUGCGUCAAAGACGUUCUACGACCAACAUAAGAAGAGACGGGUCCUUUGGGGUUACGUUGGAGAAACCGAUCCCCCUAAAUACGACGUUUACAAGGGAUGGGCUAACAUUUUGAACAUUCCAAGGACCAUAGUUUUGGACACGAAAACAAAUACCAAUUUGAUUCAAUGGCCAAUUGCGGAAGUCGAAAACUUGAGAUCGAAUAAAUACAAUGAAUUCAAAGACGUGGAGCUGAAACCGGGAUCACUGAUUCCGCUCGAGAUAGGCACAGCAACACAGUUGGAUAUAACUGCAACAUUCGAAGUUGAUCAAACGAUGUUGGAAUCGACGCUUGAAGCCGAUGUUUUGUUCAAUUGUACGACCAGUGAAGGUUCAGCCGGGAGAGGGGUGUUGGGGCCAUUUGGAGUGGUGGUUCUAGCUGAUGCCGAACGAUCUGAGCAACUUCCUGUGUAUUUCUAUAUAGCAAAAGACACCGAUGGAUCCUCAAAAACUUACUUCUGUGCCGAUGAAUCAAGAUCAUCGAACGAUGUAGACAUAGGGAAAUGGGUGUACGGAAGCAGUGUUCCUGUUCUAGAAGGCGAAAAAUUCAACAUGAGGUUGCUGGUGGAUCAUUCAAUUGUCGAAGGCUUCGCACAAGGAGGCAGAACGGUGGUGACAUCAAGAGUGUAUCCGACGAAGGCGAUCUACGGCGCUGCAAAGUUAUUUUUGUUCAACAACGCCACCGGAAUCAGCGUGAAGGCAUCUCUCAAGAUCUGGAAAAUGAAGGAAGCACAACUGGAUCCAUUCCCUCUUUCUGGAUGGAGUUCUUGAUGAUGAUGAUUAAGGAACUCAUUUCAUGAUGAUGAUGAUGAUUAAGAACUCAUUUCAUGAUGAUGAUUAAGAACUCAUUUCAUGAUCAUGAUGAUGAUGAUGAUGAUUCCAGUUUAUAUGCGUACCCUGUUCCCUUUACUUGUAUGGUGGUGGUUGUGAAAUAUGGUUAGCAUGAUUCCGGAUUGGCGAGGGCAAUAUGGUAAUUUACUAUCGCUGUAGUAGUACUCCACUUGUGAGGUUAUAUUUUAUAAAUUCAAUUAUUAUUCCUGUUUACAACCUCUUUGAUUGUAUCAUACCACCCAUUGAAUCCCAUCAUCUUCAAUUAGUGUUGCACCA